AUGGCACCUCCAACCCAUCGAUCUGAAAAGCCAGAACCAGAAGAAGAGAAUUAUAUUGCGGAUCCCGGAUCCAAGAACAUCAUCACCUUUGAACAGCCAGGCUUGGUAGGAGGCACAUACACCAUCCAGGUUCAGCAGACCAUUUCGGAAGACAAGUCCGAGGAUGAUAAUCGCAAGGAAACGGACUCGACAACUUGCGACCCAUCCACACCCCCAGGGAAACAACAAUUAAAAGUUCUCGCCCCAAAAUUCCACCUCCCCGCCGACUCAGUCUACUCCAUAUACCCAGAACAGGGCCACGAAGCGACGCACGACACGCUUCCGCACAUUGUCCUCAACAACAGCACUUUGCCAUGGGAGCGCAUCGGCAGUCGUCAAGCCGAGGGUCAUCGUACCGACGACUAUUCCAAACACGCCGUGCCAUGGAUGGCGCUCUUGAUCUUCUCCCCGGACGAGCUGCAUCUGGACGACGUCGAGAAGGCGGGAAUCUUUGCGCAUACCAGCCUCAAUGCUCCUCCGCCAAAGCAGUCGGAGUCCAUGGCUGUCCGCGUUCCGUUGGGUGACCUCGUCAAGCUGAAGGAGGGAACAGCCAGUGUCCCAUUUGACGACCAAAUCGACCUCGACCAGGCAACCACACCUGAUACGAAUCUGAUCUUUCCCAAGGCAUCCUUAUUUACUCGCUUGUUCGCAGCCUACGAUGACAACGGGGAACCGCAGCCAGGCACACCAGAUAUUUCGCGACACCGGUUCCUAGCCCACGUCGUCCGGAUGAACACAAGGGGAACCGACUCAGACAAGGUCGAUACCCCUCGGGAGUUCAGUGUCGUAAUCGCUAAUCGCAUCGGGCCUCUCGACGGUGACGAAGCUUCCCAAAUGAUCGUCCAUCUCGUCUCCCUCGAAAACGUCGAAUCGCUAAACCCCGUACCCCUCCCAGAAGUUGUACCAGGCUCAUCAUCGCCCGAGCAACCUGCUCGCGUUGGGCUCGUCUCCCUCUACAGCUGGUCAUACACCUGCCUUCCGCCGAAUUCUCUCAGUGUAAAGCAGACCUUUGAGAACCUAGCCCGCACAGCGAGCAUGCUCAAGCCCAUCAUCCCGCCCCAUUCGGAACACCUAGAUGACGCAGCGAAGCGCAUGCUCAACCGGUUUGAAGAAGGCUACACCAUCGUGCGCUCCAUGACGCCAACAGGGGAACCCACCGCCGCCCUCAUCCGCGGCCCGCUAACACCCAACUUCAUUGCCCCCCUAGAACGGGAUUUUCUCUCCAACUCUGGCGCCGACCUCAAAAUCUUUGAUGAGAAACUGGACAUGAUGGACAUCACCUACUCCUCCGCCUGGUCACUAGGUCGCUCGCUAGCUUUAGCCAAUCGCGCAUUCACCGUUUCUCUCACGCGCGUCCGCCAUGAGAUCUUGCACCCAGGAACUAGUGAACGGGGAGGCUGGAAGACGACCUACGACGACCUCACCGAUCCCAGCUCGUCGGACUGGAGUAUCGUCCUCCGCUUCGUUUUAGAUCUGUACCACCUCGUCAACGUCCCGUCGCGCUACCUCUUACCCGGCCAGAGCAUGCUACCCCGCGAGAGCCUCCGUUUCUUUUUCGUUGACGGCAACUGGAUCGACGCGCUAGUGGACGGUGCGCUGAGUGUGGGUUAUAUGUAUCAGGGCGGCCUGGAAGGGUCUCCCGUGGAGGAUGACGAUGUCGUGCGGAGAGCCUUAAAAAAGUCUAUCAACCGCUUCAUGUUUACCGAUCCCACCACAGUCCAUCAUUAUCGUUCUGCUGCCGUUCCCAGGUAUGGAUUCUUUCUUCGGUCGUCGGUCAUUGCUGCUGCGCAAUUCCCGGAUCUCAAAGUUUCGGUUGUUGAACCCAGCGGCGGGGAUCCGAAUCUGAAAGUGUUGUUGCGGCAUGACAUAGUUGCCGAGGAAACCAUGCUGGGAUUCUUCAGUGAGGCGCCUCUGAAAGGCGAAUUGUAUCAAAUGCGAUUUGAGGUGCCCGCCCAUCAGCAGUUUUUCUCCUUGGGUAGCGUAACAGAUCAAGACCUGGAGGUGGUGUAUAAGAGACAGUACACCACCACCAAACCGAAAGUUGAGGAUCGAUCGAGGAACGUCCCAGUUGCUAUGGUUAAGUGGCCUCGAGAUGGGAAGGGGAAGUCCAUGUCGACGAACGACAACGAUACUCGAGAACGGAGCCAGGUGUUUAUUUGGGGGUCCAAGUCUGGUUUAAAUGAUGUUCGGUUGGUGCUCGUAGAGAAGCUGGCUGCCGAUGUUCAUGCUACGUUGGUCAAGGAGAUGGCGGAGCUUGGUUCGGACUGGUAUGAGGAAACGACUGCCACGUCUGCUAUGAUGGCCUACCAGCUUAGCAGUCGUUCGUGGCACCUGCAAAUUGGAUGA